AGUCUCUCUCAACGAACACACCGCGCGCUUCACAGCCAAUGAAUAAAGUCGACCAAUCAAAGUCACCCACGAUCCAAAUCUCCCACGGGUCCUAGAACGUCUGCUAGAAUGGCAGGGUUUAAGUUUUUCUGGAUCAUAUUUAAUUUGUUGUUGUGUCUAAUUGUUUGCCUCGCUGGAAGGGACUUUUAUAAGAUCUUGCAAGUCUCAAAAAAUGCUAAAGCUACAGAAAUAAAAAAACAGUACAGAAAAUUAGCCAAAGAAACGCAUCCUGAUAAAAAUCCAGAUGACCCUGAUGCGACUAAAAGAUUUCAAGAUCUCACAGCUGCUUACGAGGUACUGUCGGACAAGGAUAAAAGGGAACGAUACGACAGGUGUGGGGAAGAGUGUCUGAUGAAGGAUGACAUAUCAGGACAUGGAGAUCCAUUUUCCAGUUUCUUCAGCGAUUUUGGUUUUCAUUUUGGUGGCGAGCAACAACAGCACCAGAAACAAACUCACAAAGGUUUCACCAUCAAUAUGGAUCUUUCUGUCACCUUGGAGGAACUGUAUAAUGGCAAAGUUGUUGAAGUCACCAGGAACAAGCCAGUCAUGAGAACUGCUUCAGGAACUAGGAGGUGCAAUUGUAGACAAGAAUUAAUUACUCGUAAUUUAGGGCCCGGGCGAAUGCAAAUGACCCAACAAACAGUCUGUGAUGAAUGUCCUAACAUAGCAUUUGUAAAUGAAGAAGAUACUCAUGAAAUUAAAAUUGAAAUUGGUAUGUUUGAUGGUCAGCUAAUUAAAUUGCCCGAAGACGGUGAACCGCAUAUUGAUGGAGAACCUGGCGAUUUAAUAUUCAAGAUCAAAACACAACCACAUCCAAUUUUUGAAAGAGUUGGCAAUGAUCUCUACACCAACGUGACGCUUUCCCUAGAAGAGGCUUUGGUUGGUUUUACUCUAGAAAUCACACAUUUGGAUGGCCACAAAGUAACAAUUCAGAGGGACAAGAUUACCAGCAUGGGAUCUCGAAUUAGGAAAAAAGGAGAGGGAAUGCCAAGUUACGAUGACAACACUGUUUAUGGAAAUUUAAUCAUUACAUUCGAUAUUGAUUUCCCCAAGCGGGAAUUUACAGAAGAAGAAAAGAAUGAAUUCCGGAAAUUACUAAACCAGGGCUCUAAAACUCGAGUGUACAACGGAAUUAGCGGAAAAUAGUGUGAUUACCUUUAAGUACUGGUGUCGUAAAGUAUCAGAAACUUGACAACUGCUGCGCAUUUACAUUAAUUUAUCAUGGAAUAGGAUGUCUACCAGCGAAAUGAGAUAUCAAUGUGAUUGUGAUUAUUUCCUUAUAGUGUUACUUUAUUUACCGCAUUACAUCAAAUUAAGACUGUUGAGAGGGAAGCUUUGACAAUGGAGUCAAAGUUAAACAUUCAAUUGUAAACUGCCGCAGUGAAUUAAAUGAAUUUGAAACAUAUAAUUUAUUUCUAAUACUUGAAAGUGAACAAGGGUGUGCUAGUGCUUUGUUCAAAGCAUGUGUUUUAGCAUGUGUACCUUUGCACUUAAAGACUGCAAGUUCCAAUACGUUUUCUACUUGUUUCUUUUCAAACAAACAGAAAAAUCUUUGUCACAAUAGGAAAAAAUAAAAAUUAUUGUAAUUUUAAGACGUCUUUCUAU